CUUGAAGAGCCCCAGCAGCAGAUCUUGCACAUGAGCAACGCUGAGCAGACUUUCCGGGAGUCGCUACGAUCCUUCAAUGCUUCUGGCGCUGGGCGCACUGGAGCAGGGAAUGCAAAUUCCGGAUUCUCCAUUUCCUCGUAUUUCGGGGGACCAUCUGGAAACGGGCCUGGUCAGGAUGAGGCCACCGAAAGUUUACUAGGACGGUUUAGAACCGGAACGCAAAAUGCAUUUUCGGGACUUGGGCUGGGGGGGCAGCAAGAGACGGAAUUGUUCGGGUUGUCUCGCUGGCAGCGGCUUGUUGGCUUCGUUGCUACUCUAGGACUGUCUAUCUUCUGCUUCAUGAUUGCUUUCUUCACCAUCCCUAUACUGGCACUUAAACCUGCCAAAUUUGCAACAUUAUACACAAUGGGAAGCGUGCUAGCUUUGACAAGUUUAUCUCUUUUGCAAGGCCCAAAAGCAUUCUUACGGCAUAUAUUUUCCAAAGAAAGGCUUCCAUUCACCGCGGCGUAUCUGGGAUCAAUGAUACUUACGUUAUAUUUUGCUGUGGUGAAAAACUAUACUAUCAUGACUAUCAUUUGCAGUGUCAUACAAAUUUUUGCACUGCUUUAUUAUCUUGGAUCCUACGUCCCGGGAGGGGUAUCAGGAUUAGGUUACAUGACGCGAUACUUUGCUAGAAAUACAGUAGGGUUGCCGGUUUGAACACGACUGAUUGAAAAUGUGCACUUUGAUGUUUGAGGAAACUGUUUUCAUUAUCAUACGCUGCCCUAGGAUGGUG